UCGCCGGCGGCUGGCUCGGUGCCGGUGGGGGGAAAGCAGCCGGGAGCAAAGAGGAUGCAGCCGCCUCCUCCCGCCACGCCGGUGCCGGCUCCUUUAGCCGUGUUGGAUCCCACAGGACAGUUUGCAAAACGAAAGAAGACUUCUCUCUGGUUCACAGUUUCUCUGCUGGUAGUGUCUGUGUUCAUACUGACCAUAGGACUUGCAGCUACCACAAGAACAGAAAAUGUUACCGUCGGAGGCUAUUACCCAGGAAUCAUUCUUGGCUUUGGAUCUUUCCUAGGAAUUAUUGGAAUCAACCUGGUAGAGAACAGAAGGCAAAUGUUGGUAGCAUCCAUCGUAUUUAUCAGCUUUGGAGUGGUAGCAGCAUUCUGUUGUGCAAUAGUUGAUGGAGUCUUUGCAGCACGACAUAUAGACCCUAGACCCUUGUACACUAGAAGGUGUCAGUUUUAUUCAAGUGGAAUAGGAUUCUUAUACGAUGCCUACCAGACGGAGGUAACGUGUUUCAGCUUAAGCAGCAAGUGCGAGCUGAGAGUAAAGAGCAAUACAUGCUAUUGCUGUGACCUGUACAAUUGUGAAAAUUCAGAACAGUCAACCAGCUACUACGAGUUUCUGGGAGUGAACAGCUGUCAGGAUGUGGUUCACUUGUACCGGCUGCUGUGGGCCUCCACAGUCCUGAACAUCCUUGGAUUGUUUCUUGGGAUAGUCACGGCAGCCAUACUCGGGGCCUUUAAAGACAUGCAGGCACCUCUGUCCCAAAUGGCCUUUAGUUCUGCCCCCCCUCCUCAGAUCUUGUACAAUCCAGCCCAGCAGAUCCUGACAUACGCCGGUUUUUGUCCCUCUGCUGCAGCUCUUCCUGCAUAUUCAGCCUAUCCUUUACCUCUUCAGGAAGCACCUGCACCCCAGGAGAGAUCAGCUGCAAGCUUUAGUCUCCACAGGGUCUUUGAAUCUGAGCACUUCAGAGCUGGCCACUCAACACUUCAGCUGACACCUUUGGAAUGGCAGCCUGCAAGCCAUUUUCCAGCAUCAUCAUCUACGGAUAUUUCUUUAUCUGAUGAUACUCAGCCUCCAUCUCAGUCCAGCUCGAACUAUGGUCUCCCACCCAAUGCCCCGCCACUAUACACACCAACUUAUUUCCUGCCAGAAGAAAAGCCUCCACCGUAUGCACCCUAGAACACAAUUACAUUUUAACUGAUUUUUUUUUUUAAAGACAUCUUUGGAAACGCUGAGCUGCACAGGAAGCAAACUAUUAAGGAAACUAUUCUGUGUUCUAUGAUUGUUCUACUUUUAACCCCAACUCACUGUGAGCUAACCAGAAUCCUGGAAACCUAAGGCAGGCGUGUCACCAGAGGAAGGUAUCGGUCACCACACAGUUUGCAUGUAGUCAAUUGGGACAGUGCUGUCUGGCUAACAUGAGCAUGAUUUUCUCUCUCAGCAUAAUACAUUGUUUCUUCUAGUGAAAAAAAGUCACUAAGAAAAACACUUAGGAUACUUGGUUCCAUUUUCAUAAACCCGUAUAGAGUGAUACUUCUGAAUUAGAACUCUUAUAGUCUGGUGAAUAUACAAGGGGAAUCUGGAUUGGAAGAAAUGAGAUUUUUUUCCCCUAUACUAUUCAGUUAAGAGCCCUUUUUUGGUAAAAAUGUUGUUCCAGUAAAUACUGUGUGACAAUUGUUUGACAAUAAAAUAUGCUGUGUUUGUAUAUUUAUACUGUACCUAAGUCGGUGUACACAUCACAAGAAACUGGAUGAAAAACUCAGAGGUCAAGAUCCCAGUUAGUACUGUCCUAUUCUGAAAAGGUACAAAUAUAAAAUUUUAUUUGAACAGGGCUGUUUUAAUUCUGUUUGAAAUGUUUGAAUUGUGUACCAGUCUAGCUAAUGCUAACAAAGAUAAAAUGUCAUAUCAGUGAGCUAAAGGUGCAAUUUCCAGCUAAGUAUUUAACCUGUAUAUAAUACUUAGUACAGUACUGAACUCUGUAUUUUUCCAUAUACUGUAAAAGGCAGAUGAGAU